AACUGACACAUGUUAUGCAAAAUGAGAAAACGCGAGAUCACCGCAGCGAGUGAAUCGACGCGUUUUUGCGGAAGUCACGCCGGUUAAGAAACGACCGCUGAAUGAAAACGAAUGGAAUUUAUGGGCCGUCGAGCUGCGUCAGGCUGUGGAUCAUAAAUCUGACGCGUGAAGCGGAAGAAAAUAUAUAUCUUCCGGAACGAAGAAAUGUGUCGAUGAACGAACGCAACAUGUGAUUGUUGAUAUAAAAAAAUAAUUACCGUGAUGUCCAGCAGCGAUCUGUAUCUGCGUACGGUGAUUUGUGAUUUAAAAUUCUUUAGACUGUGAGCGGCGACAUGUACCUGAAUUUAACUCUUAAAUAAGAAAAUUAUCUUAAAUUACGAAAAAUAAAUUUAAAAAAUGGCUGAAUCAGACGUAUCGGAAGAGAAGGAGAUUGUUAUGGCAAAUGCGACAACCACCUGUGAUAAGCGACAUUGCAAGGAGAUGCGAAAGGAGAAGUUACCCCCUUACUUACGAGAUAGAGAAAGAAUACUCUAUCCACGUAAUACAAGAGCUCUACCAAAAACACCCGUGGUCGGUGGCCAACCUAUCGAAGAAGAAACAUGCAUGACUUUAAGGACAUUGGUCUUUGGGUCUUGCGCGAGUCCGCCAAAAGCCGAAUGGGCAAGAACCGGACUGACCUUACGACCAUAUGGACAAAGUUUGGCUUUUGGAUUGAGAACGCCCAGAAAUACAACGAGAAGCCUUGUCACCGCAGUGCAAGCUGUCAUGUUGAAGCACUUUUUGUUCAAGUGCGACAAACAAGACUUACGUGCAAAUCCUGAGACCUUGCUAAAACCUUCGUACGAUCGGCAGAUUGAAGUAUUGACCUCUGCAAUAUCAGAAAUUAUCUGGCGUUGUGCCGGUGGUUUUUCGGUUCCCACAUGUCCAAAUGUUGUUAGUAGCAUUGUGCCAAAGGCCAUAGUGGCUUUGCCGCAGGACACACCAUAUAUUCAACAUAGUGUGCAGUAUUUUCAAGACGGAUUAACAGAAACGCUACAUCUUUUCGAGUUCAAUUCCUUGGAGGAUCUUGAGAUAUUUGUCAAGAGAUACUUGUACCUAUUUCAUGAUGAAGGUGGACCUGGCGCGAAAUUACUUUUAUACAGCGCAGUGCUUUCAAGAGGUCUCUCAAAAAUUCGAAACGAUUUGGAAGAUCCCAAGGCUUCAAUUCUCGGUGGAUGUUCGGAAGAAGGACCGAUCAGUAUCAUCGUCUUCGUUUUAACCGGUCGUGCUUCGCCGCAUCUUCAUAACGGGGUCCUCCAUGUUGGUGAUGAAAAUACAUAUGCGGUACCGCAAUGGGGCGUUCUCAUGAGAAGUGAAGUAGGAUUCUUAGUAUACGAGAAUGAUAGCAAUAUAAGCAAACAACCCGGUUCUCGAUUGAAGACACCUAGUCUACCGAUAUGGGUGACUCUUUGUCUCGGUCAUCAUGGUGUACUUUUCAACACAAAUCGAGAAUUAUUGAGGAACUAUCACGCCGAGCGACGGUUCGAGAUUCAAUAUUUCACCUGCGGUGGCAGUCACGCUACGAUGACGGUGGAUACUAGGGCAAACGAGGCUUCCGGGGGAUCAGAUGCUGCAACAAUGGAAGCCGCGGAUAUCGCCGCGACACCGUUAGAGAAACUUAUUCGAUCCAAGUGGCAGGAUGCUCUAAUACAAUGGAACGGAACACCGGUGAUGUGAGGGAUACGAAAGGAUGACGACCAGACCCGUUCUUCCGUGUUAAGCCGCAUAUCCGUCAUUCCGCGUUACUGCUGUGCUAAUCGAUCAAACGUUUAUCGAUCGCACGCUUAUCUCAAUAAAAGCUUUUAAUUAUUGUUAAUGACGUAAAUCUACGUGGAAAUAUGUCGCAAUGUCAGAUAAUUUUAAAACGUGUGAUAAUAUAAUCCUGGCGCUUUCUUAGAUAGUACAGCAGGCAUUUAUAUGAUGGCCAAAAAGCUUUGCUACUUUGUGAAAUAUUUCAAUUGUCAAUAAAUGAACUAUGUUAAUGAA